AUGACUCUGGAGGAGAACCUGAACUUUCUAAAGCAGUGUUGUCACUGGGCCAGGAGUAACUGGAGAAGCAACCUGCGUAGUCUAUUUGUGAAGCGAUAUAUAUGGUGGCAGCACCCAUACAGCACCUAUGCAGUUUUCCUAACAACACUUUCACCGCCUGCAUUGAUAGUUGAUGGGGCGCUGACAGCAUGGGGCAACCGUGACCUUGAAGGGAAAAAGGAUAAUCUGAAGCCGCCAUCAACAGUGUCUGUUCUUGAACUACCAGCCUCUCUUCAACUCAAUUCCAACCCCCCCUCUGAGCAACAACUGAAGGAGGAUGUAGCUUCUCUGUGCUGUCAUGUUACAGAAGCAGAAAGGAAAUGCAUUGAGAUUCAAUAUGACUUGCCAAAUAGCAUUGAGAAGUGCACUGAUGAACAGAUAUCUUCCGCACGCGAUAAGCUCCAAAACUUGCCUGAUGAGCAGCUGAGGUCAGCUCUCCAACGGAUAUGGUUUCAAGAAAUCACCCCAUAUUGUGACUGUUUAAGAAAAAGUGAGAAGCACUUCAAGCAGCUAACAUCUUUUGUUGAUGAGGUCUCGGGGGCCUCAACUCCUUUGAUAGAAAGCACAAGUGACUCUACAGAAAGGCAAGGUUCGAUGGAGAUUCUUGGCGAUCUUUCUAGAUAUGCAUACAGGGUGGCACAUGCUAGAUGUUCAACCAAACCUGAAAUCAACACCUGGAGGGCUCGUUCUGAGCAUUGGUAUAAGAGGAUAGCAGAAGAAUGUCCCGGAACAGGCCGCCUACAACAUCAUCUAAGUAUUCUCAAAAGAGAUGAUGGCCUCUGCAGAUUUUUUCUCCUCAUCAAGUCCUUGCUUUCUGUCCAGCCUUUCCCAAGUGCUACAGCUUCCCUGCAACUUUUCUUCGCGGAAAACCAAUCUUGUGAAGAUGAAGCUACCAUGACUAUGUUUGUGAGAAUCCAUCGCUAUCUCUUUACCGGUGAUCUUGAGAACCUUGAAAAGAAUGAAAGCCAGUUUAUGUCGCGUCUGGGGACAGAUAUUGCGGGGCUUAUGAGAUUAAACAGUGUUCAUAUCACACUGGGUAACAUCGCGUCAGUGAUUGGCUAUGGAUAUUCAACAAAGAGUGAAUUCAAGACCUUUACUGAACUUCCUUGGACUGAAGACACCACAUCUCAUUAUCAGGUGGACCUGGCUAUAUCGCUGAUGUUCUGUACCAGCUCCAUACUUCUUGUACAUGCAGUCGACAAAGGCACACUAGCCUGCGGACACUCAUUGCUGGCAUUUCUCUUCAGCCUCGCGCAAGUUCCAGAAGCAAUGAAAUAUGUUGCUAAGCAAAUCCCUUGA